AUGAAGAGGGUCAUUGCAUUGGUUUGUCUAAUGAUUUCCACCGUCACAUCGAUAAAGGAACCGUUGACUGCGCGGACUUUGAACUCAGCUUCUGGAAUCGAAGUAAACAACAUUAAAAGGAAGAUAUUAACGUUCAACGCAAAAACGCCGGAUGAAGACUCAGUGAAAUCAGGAUAUAAUCCAUAUGUUGACAUCAGUUGGGACAAAAAUUUGUUUAAAAUGAAAUUUCGAGGCAAGCAGGGAGGUAGAUUCAGAAUCGGAAGAGCUCCGAAGUCUACACUCGGAGAACCUUGGCCUUUACCUCAGAAAUACAAGGUUAAUCGAAAUAUUGUGUAUUAUAUAGACCAUGAGCAUUUUGAAAUAAUAAAAACAAAGAAUACUUGUGAUAUAUUAGAAAAAGCAAUACAAAGAUAUCAUGAUAUUAUUUUCACAUUUGCGUUGGAAGAAAUCCACGAGAAUUUUGAUAUCCUGUUACCAAAGAGCAAACUUGAUGUUACUUCGGAAAUGUAUAGCAAUGCAGAAAACAUACAAACUUUAAGGAUCAACGUCCAGACCCGAUGUGAUAAGUACCCCAGUGAGGAUUCCAAAGAGGGAUAUGUUAUCAGUGUUAAUGGGUCCGGAAUUCACCUCGAUGCUGUCGAAGUGUGGGGCGCUCUGCGUGGCCUUGAGACCAUCAGUCAGCUGGUGUAUAAAUAUAAUGAAAAGUUUUAUAUCAGACAAAUGUCAGUGAAUGACUUCCCCCGAUUCCGGUAUCGCGGUUUGAUGGUGGACACGGCGAGGCAUUUCUUGCCGAAAGACUUACUGUAUUCGAUGUUGGAUGCCAUGUCGAUGAACAAAAUGAACGCUUUCCAUUGGCAUAUCGUAGAUGACCAAUCGUUUCCAUACCAGAGCAAGGCAUUUCCAGAGCUUUCUGAAAAAGGUGCCUUCCAUCCGUCCAUGGUCUACACACAAACAGAUAUUGCUGAUAUCGUAGAGUACGCCAGACUACGAGGAAUUAGGGUCAUUCCUGAAUUUGACAUUCCAGGUCACACAUUUUCAUGGGGAAUCGCAAAACCAGAACUGAUGGCCCAGUGUUACUCGGAUACAGGACCGGUACCUGGACACUAUGUCAACCUCGACCCCAGCCUCAACAAGACCUACUCGGUUUUGGAAGCAUUAUUCACGGAAAUUAAUGAUCUGUUUCAUGAUAGCUAUGUACAUACUGGCGGGGAUGAGGUUCCCAUGGAUUGUUGGCGAUCCAAUCCAGGGAUCCAGCAACUCGUUCGGAAGUUAGAUGACAGUUGGAAGACUCUGGAAAUGGGCAGACCGUUGACAGCCAAAGCAUGGAACUACUUUGUCAAUCGAGUAGCAAGAAUGGUGAAAAAAAUAGGCGAGGACAGAGGGACCCCCAAACGGAUCAUGAUGUGGAAUGAAGUUUUCAGAGAUGGCUUGAAGAUUCCAAGUGACUCGAUCAUACAAGUAUGGUUUGGCAAUUCUAAAGAGGUGGAGAAAGUGAUAGAAAGUGGGUAUCAUGUGAUCUACUCUGAGUGUUGGUACCUUGACAAAGUGAGCGAAUAUGUCCAAUGGCCUGAUCUCUACCUGUGUGACCCAAACACUCGCAAACCUGGAUUUGAGAAGAGAGAGGCCAUGAUAUUAGGAGGAGAAGCCUGCUUGUGGACUGAAAAUAUUGCUAGUGAAUCUGCUAUGCUUUAUACAUGGCCUCGGACCUCUGUUGUUGCUGAACGGCUUUGGAGCCACAGGGAUGUUCGAGACGUGAACACGGCGGCGACACGUCUUCAGGAACAUAAGUGCCGUAUGAGCAGACGUGGUAUACAAGUCAGCAUGAUCAACGGGCCCGAUUACUGUCCUCCAUAUAGCCAUAAAAUGAAACCAAAGGUCAAGGUUGACAAGACGAUUACAAAACAUCACGACAAAGACACAAAAGUAAAGUUGCUAAUAGACCAAAUUAAAAACGGUGUUCCUGUAUCCGUCAAGGAAAACAGACUACACAGAGUUCGCCUCAAAGCCCAGGAAACUGUGUUCAUCGCUGUGCUGUUUCUUCCGUUCCUAAUAUUUACAUCAUUAUACUGCUGCUUGAAAAUAAAACGAUCCAAAAUUUUCAGUAGAAUAAUAAAUUGCAUAAAACGUGUGAUAUUUAGAUAA